GGAAACGUUUUCCGAGCAAGCCAGCUUCAAAUCUCGCGCGACGUAGUGGGAGGAGAGAUCGUCGGCAGCAACAUGGCGGCUGGGCUGCUGGCUGGAUAUGUUGGUCACAGAGUUACCUAAAAUGUGAAAGGGAGCGGCAUGAGUCCGGUGGGGGAAAUCUUAAAGCAAGGAGUAAAUCCCAGUUCUGUUGAAGGGUCAUGAGGACUUGAAACGUCAACUGUGCUCUUCUCCGCCGAUGCUGCCAGAUCUGCUGAGUUUUUCCAGUUGUCUGUGAAGGAAGAAUUUCGGAUUUAAAAAAAAUGAGUGGUGGACUGGCGCCAAGCAAAAGCACAGUAUAUGUAUCCAACUUGCCAUUUUCACUGACGAACAGUGAUCUGCACAAGAUUUUUUCCAAGUAUGGCACAGUGGUCAAAGUUACAGUAUUGAGGGAUAAAGAUUCCAGGAAAAGCAAAGGUGUGGCGUUUGUUCUGUUUCUGGAUAGAGAAUCAGCGUAUAACUGUACCAGGGCACUUAACAACAAGCAAUUGUUUGGCAGAACAGUGAAGGCGAGUAUUGCAGUUGACAAUGGAAGAGCUUCUGAAUUCAUCAGAAGACGUAAUUACACUGACAAAUCCAGAUGCUAUGAAUGUGGCGAUUAUGGCCAUUUGAGCUAUGCUUGCCCAAAAAAUAUGCUUGGAGAGCGAGAACCUCCCAAAAAGAAAGAGAAAAAGAAAAAGAAAAAAAUCAGUGAACCUGAAGAAUUAGAGGAGGAGGAGCAGCAGGAAGAAAGUGCAGAUGAAGGAGAAGACCCUGCCCUCGAUAGCUUGAGCCAAGCUAUUGCUUUCCAGCAAGCAAAAAUUGAGGAGGAAGAACUUAGACGUAAACAGACUGCUGGUGAUGCAAGUGAAUGUUCAACAUCUGAACUGUCGAAACGUCCACGAAUAAAAAAGAGUGCAUAUUUCAGUGAUGAAGAGGAACUGAGUGAUUAGAUAUUGAUUUAUGUAACAAUGAGGAGUACAAAUGUAUUUAAAUUGGGAACUGGUGUUAAAAAUAAAGUCCAGAUUAUUUUAGACCACAGUUUGAGGCUCUCAUGAAGUACCGACAAGCAUUACAAAUAUGUGGACUGGAUAUUUUGAUACUUUUUGUAAUACUUGAGCUUUUCUUUUUAAAUGCAUCCUUUAUUCAGUCAUUUACUCGAAAUUAAGUCCUCCACACAGUGGAGGGAUUGUGAAGAUACAUGCAGACAGCUUUCAACUCAAAUCACUGCACAAGUCUCUGCACAGUAAAAGCUCCUGAACAGGCUGUUUUUGUCUGUUGUAGCCGUAGUUAACUACUGACUGAGAGCUUUCGUGGGCCAUGGACUGAAAUUCCAGUCCGUUAUGGCCACAAUCAUAGAGGCAUUGGUUAUAAUCUGGGCAAAAUUGUUUUCAUCCCCUUGGAGAAAUAAUUCUUUACAUUUUAAGUAUGUAAACAAAGCAAAUUUGUUUCAUCAUUCGAAUAAAUGGAAGGGGAAAUUAAUUUUCAUUCAAAAUCACAGUUCCAAUGUUUUAAAAUAUGAAGGAGGAUAUUGUAUAGUUGUCAUAAUUAUAGAUUCUUUUCCCAUUUAUCAUAGUUUUCCCAAAUUAGUUAGCUAUGAUGUAUCAGUCAGCGAUUCUCAGUUGGUUCUGAUGACAUUAGGAAUGAAUAACAAGGACUCUCAAAACUUAGGAUUGUGGGAAGGCAAAGCGCCUUCCGAGCUCUUCCCUUGUUCCAACAAUUUGAAUAGUUCGUUCUCACUCUACUACAUAAUUAUAAUUGACUAUGAACUCUGAGGUCACUGUGAUUUCCCUUUAAUGCAUCGCAAAUGUAGUCCAUUCAAUUUUAAUGGAAUUUUUCUUUUUUUUAGUUUUUGCUUUAGUAAUCCUGCAGUCCAAUUACUGGAUUGUAUCUUUAAACUGUUAAUAGUUAUUCACAUUGUAUUUUUACUGUUAAUUGUUGCAUUUCAUAUGUCACAUAUUUGGCUCAACUAUCUAUGAAAGCAAAAUCAAAAUACUCCAGAAAUCUAAAAUAAAAACAGAAAAUGCUGGAAAUACUCAGCAGGUCAGGUAGCACCUGCGGAGAGAGAAACACAGUUAACAUUUCAAGUCAAUUUACUUUUCAUUAAAACUUCUGUAUGAAAGCUUUGAACCCAUGUAUCACGAUUUCAGAGUUAAACAUUGCUUUUCAGAGAGAAUGGCUGUUAUUCCAUGGUGUUUUACCCUGAUCUUGAGCUGGAAAGUUGCAAGUGGCUUCCAAACUGGAAUUUUCCCCACCAGUCAUGGAACACUGACUUCAGGAUCCGUCUCUGACAGUAACUUGACUUUGUGGACUAAACACAGUUGUAUUCAACUUACAGCACAUUGGCCAUUUGCAACCUAUAAGCCCUGAUAGAUUGGCCCACAAACGCUUUAUUUGUACAUGCAUUUCUUACUUGCUGGUAUAUGCUUUUAAUUUCAUGGGUCUGGUAGUUUAGAAAGGGCUGUUCUUGAUACUAUUGUCUCAUUUGGUAAAUAAAUACAUAAUUAGAAUACCAACAAUCAUUUCUAUCCACUGCCUGAGAUAUGUAUAAAUUAAUGGUGAUAGUAAUUCACCCUUUAAAAGAUAGCUGCAAUGAUCUAAAUUUUGUAUCUAAGCAGCCUACAAAGACAAAAAGCUUGAUGCUCCUGCCUUAAAGGGACAGAUCUGCUUAAACAUAACUCCAGCUUAGCAGUGGAAUAAUAUAUUGUGGGUUAUAUGUGUGAAUACUUAUGUUGUUGUAAAGCAGUGCAUCAUCCGACUUGCCAUGAGAAAUUCUAUGGAAGAUCAGCUGGUGCAUGUAAAUAAAAAAAAUCAACUGGA